AAGAAUUUCGGUGUUAAAGGUAGUUUAGGUGUAAGGAUUUACACGGAAGAGUACAAUUGUUGGAAUGGGGUGAAGCUGUCACAUUGAAUAGAAUACAUUUCUAGGCAAACCCCGCGCUUUUCUCUCUCCUCUCAACACCCCUCCACAAACAAAUAUUCCCACUUCCCAAACAUUUUCCUUCUGCAAAAUAUUAUCCUAAGAAUACAAAAACGUUACAAGUCUUUCUGCUUAUGGCUAAUUAUAUCUUUUUCUGUAUACGGCUUUUCCUUCUCUGAUUCAAACAGGUUUGUGGAUAUUGCUAAGUGGAUAGAGGUAUCUACAGUUGAGGAUUAUAAAUUGAAGGGCUUAGGAACUAUUGAUGAAAAGAAUAUGGGGAGAAGUAGCAAUGAUAUGAUAUUCCGGGCGGAUAAAAUUGAUUUGAAAAGUUUGGAUGUUCAAUUGGAGAAGCACUUGAGUAGAGUUUGGUCAAGCAAUGUGGAGAAGGAAAUGCAAAGGCCGAAGGAAGUGUGGGAAAUUGAUCCUUCAAAGUUGGAAAUAAGGUAUCUUGUAGCUCAGGGAACCUAUGGUACUGUUUACCGAGGUACCUAUGACAAUCAAGAUGUUGCAGUGAAGCUGUUGGAUUGGGGAGAGGAUGGCAUGACCACUGCUGCGGAAACUCUUGCUUUGCGGGCAUCAUUUAAGCAGGAGGUCACUGUUUGGCAAAAGCUUGACCAUCCAAAUGUUACCAAAUUUGUUGGUGCUUCUAUGGGAACUUCAAAUCUUAAGAUUCCUUCAAAGAAUCCUUCUGAGGGCUACACCACACUUCCUUCUCGGGCUUGUUGUGUACUUGUGGAAUUCCUCCAUGGAGGAACAUUGAAAAAUUACUUGUUCAAAAACAGGAAAAAGAAACUAGCCUUUAAGAUUGUCAUUCAACUUGCUUUGGAUCUGUCUAGGGGGUUGAGCUAUUUGCAUUCGGAAAAGAUUGUACAUCGUGAUGUGAAAGCUGAAAAUAUGUUGUUGGAUACAGAUAGAACUCUAAAAAUUGCUGAUUUUGGAGUUGCUCGUGUUGAAGCGCAAAAUCCUCGGGACAUGACUGGUGAAACUGGAACUCUUGGAUAUAUGGCUCCAGAGGUACUUGAUGGCAAGCCCUAUAACAGAAAAUGUGAUGUAUACAGCUUUGGUAUUUGCUUAUGGGAGAUUUAUUGCUGUGAUCUUCCAUAUCCAGAUCUUAGCUUUGCUGAAGUUUCUUCUGCAGUUGUCAGACAGAACUUGCGACCAGAAAUUCCCCGAUGUUGUCCAAGUUCUCUAUCGCACGUCAUGAAGAAAUGCUGGGAUGUAAAUCCACAAAAGCGACCUGAAAUGGACGAGGUAGUAAGAUUAUUAGAAGCAAUUAAUACGAGCAAAGGAGGAGGAAUGAUACCUGAAGAUCAAGCUGGUGGCUGUUUCUGCUUUGGUCCAACCCGGGGUCCAUAAUUUCUGUGGUUUCUUUUUGUUCCCUUUGGCUAAAUCAAUGAAAUUGUACGAUUAAUUAGAAAUCAAGCAAUACUUCUUGAACUUGUGCUUUGGGUUAUUGACAUCUCCACCAAAUGAGUUUAAGGCUUUUUGUAUGCUACCUUCCAUUUGUAUGUUCUUCUUGGAAGAAAAAACUGUUCACAUAUUGUUACUCAUGGUUGUAUUUUUGUGACGAGCCAAAUAAAGUAUCAUGUGACUUGCACAUGGACAAGGGGUUAUAUUGUAAUUAGCUAUAUUCUUUGUAUAAAUAAAUAGGGUAAUUAGGGCUUGUAAUGGAUAGAUUGUGAAUUGAUAUUGAAAUUGUUUUUCCCUUUCUCUCUCUAUUA